UGUAAGCAGUCUUCCUCAAUUACUACCACUCCAUAGCGUAAUGGUCGUUGAAACGUUAAAACGUUUCGUCCAAGAAAUUGAGCGGAGUUACUGAAUCGUUUGAGGCGAGAGAGCUGCACGGUUUCUACACAGAGAGUCAACGCUCAAUCUCUCUCCGUCUUCAGCUUUCCGCCAACCGCCAUAGACAAGCUGUAAUAACACUAAGAGAGAGAGAGAGAGAGAGAGAGAGAGAGAGAGAGAUUUGGAAGAGAAGAACAAGUCAGAUUCUGUAGGGGUCAAAUCCGGUCCUAUUCUUCUCUUGUACGGCUCAAAAUUAUUGCACGUCAGAGAUAAAAAGCCGAAAAGAAAAAGCGAUUCCAGGUGCUGUUGGUAGAAGGCACUUUUGGUUCAGCUUGCGUUUGAAGCUUUGCUGGUGAGCUUGAAUGAGUAAAGGCUAGGGUCGCCUUUGUGUGUAUAAAGGCUAGGUGUUUCUUGUUUGCGGUGACGCUGCGAAGGUGAGAUGGAGAACUAUUUGAACGAGAACUUCGAUGUGAAGGCGAAGAACUCGUCGGAGGAGGCGCUUCAGAGAUGGAGGAGGCUCUGUGGAUUUGUGAAGAAUCGGAAACGGAGGUUCAGAUUCACUGCUAAUUUCUCCAAGCGGUUUGAGGCCGAGGUCAUUCGACGCUCCAAUCAUGAGAAGUUUAGAGUUGCAGUUUUGGUUUCACAAGCUGCGCUUCAGUUUAUCCAUGGCUUAAGUUUGCCCAGUGAUUAUACCGUACCUGAGGAAGUCAAAGCUGCGGGGUUUCAAAUUUGUGCUGAUGAGGUUGGAUCGAUUGUUGAAGGCCGUGAUGUGAAAAAGCUGAAAAGUCAUGGUGGUGUGGAGACUAUCACAGACAAGCUUGGAACAUCAAGUAUCAAUGGAAUUUCUACUUCUGAGAAAAUGCUGCAUAAGAGAAAAGAAAUAUAUGGAGUUAAUAAAUUUGCUGAAAAACCAUCCCGUGGAUUUCUUGUUUAUGUGUGGGAAGCCCUUCAAGACACUACCCUCAUGAUACUUGCAUUUUGUGCCCUUGUAUCUCUGCUUGUUGGGAUAAUGACAGAAGGUUGGCCAAAGGGUGCCCACGAUGGACUUGGAAUUGUUGCGAGCAUUUUGCUUGUUGUAUUUGUCACUGCAACUAGUGAUUAUAAGCAAUCCCUGCAGUUCAAGGACUUGGAGAAGGAGAAGAAAAAAAUUACAGUUCAGGCUACUAGAGAUGGAUUCAGACAGAAGCUGUCCAUAUAUGAACUACUUCCUGGUGACAUUGUUCAUCUUUCUAUUGGAGAUCUGGUCCCAGCUGAUGGACUUUUUGUUUCUGGGUUUUCUGUGCUGAUAAAUGAAUCCAGUUCAUGCAAGAUGCUUGUAACUACGGUUGGAAUGAGAACCCAGUGGGGUAAACUGAUGGCUACUCUCAGUGAAGGAGGAGAUGACGAAACCCCCUUGCAGGUUAAACUAAAUGGUGUGGCAAGCAUCAUUGGGAAAAUAGGCCUGUUUUUUGCUGUUGUGACAUUUUCUGUGUUGGUUCAAGGAUUGUUCAGCCGCAAGCUUCAAGAAGGAUCCCACUUGAUCUGGUCUGGAGAUGACGCAUUGGAAAUCUUGGAAUAUUUUGCUAUAGCUGUUACAAUUGUAGUUGUUGCUGUUCCCGAAGGUUUGCCUUUGGCUGUGACAUUGAGUCUUGCUUUUGCCAUGAAGAAGAUGAUGAACGAUAAGGCACUAGUCAGGCAUUUGGCCGCUUGUGAGACAAUGGGAUCAGCCACAACUAUCUGCAGUGACAAGACUGGGACACUAACAACUAACCACAUGACUGUUGUGAAAGCUUGCAUUUGUGGGAAAAUCAGAGAUGUGGGAACCUCUGAGGAAGCUUCUAACUUGGCCUCCAUAGUUCCUGGCGCUGGUUUGAGACUCAUACUUCAAUCUAUUUUUAACAACACUGGAGGAGAAGUUGUUAAAAACAAAGAUGGCAAGAUUGAGUUACUUGGAACACCCACUGAGACUGCUAUUUUGGAAUUUGGGAUGUUGCUUGGCGGUGAUUGCAAGGCAGAACGGGAAGCAUCAAAAGUUGUUAAAAUUGAGCCCUUCAAUUCUCAUAAGAAGCGAAUGGGUGUUGUUCUAGAGCUUCCUGAAGGUGGCUUCCGGGUGCACACUAAAGGUGCUUCUGAGAUAAUAUUAGCUGCAUGUGACAAAUUCAUGGGCCCAGAUGGCGAGGUUGUUCCACUCGAUAAAGCAUCCAUUGAUCUUUUCAGUGGCAUCAUUAAACGUUUUGCUAGUGAAGCCCUUAGAACUCUCUGCCUUGCAUACAUGGAGGUUGGCAAUGAGUUCUCAGCUGAAAGUCCUAUUCCCGCCUCAGGGUACACGUGUAUAGGCAUUGUGGGUAUCAAAGAUCCAGUUCGUCCUGGUGUCAAGGAGUCCGUUGCAAUUUGUAGGUCUGCUGGUAUUACAGUCAGAAUGGUUACUGGAGACAACAUAAACACUGCAAAAGCAAUUGCAAUAGAAUGUGGAAUUUUGACCGAUGGGGGUUUGGCAAUUGAAGGCCCAGAAUUUCGUGAGAAGAGUGAGGAGGAAUUGCAAAAAAUUAUUCCAGAACUUCAGGUUAUGGCUCGAUCUUCACCAAUGGAUAAGCAUACCCUAGUAAGACACCUAAGGACCACUUUUCAAGAAGUUGUUGCCGUGACAGGUGAUGGUACAAACGAUGCUCCAGCACUUCAUGAAGCUGAUAUAGGGCUUGCAAUGGGCAUUGCUGGAACUGAGGUAGCAAAAGAAAGUGCUGAUGUGAUAAUUCUGGAUGAUAACUUCUCUACAAUUGUGACUGUCGCCAAAUGGGGACGUUCAGUGUACUUGAACAUACAGAAAUUUGUUCAGUUCCAGUUAACGGUUAAUGUGGUUGCACUUAUUGUCAACUUUUCUUCUGCCUGUUUAACCGGAAAUACACCGCUUACUGCUGUACAGCUUCUCUGGGUCAACAUGAUCAUGGACACUCUAGGAGCCCUUGCAUUAGCCACUGAGCCGCCUAAUGAUGAUUUGAUGAAGAGAACACCAGUUGGUAGGACAGGAAACUUCAUCACUAAUGUGAUGUGGAGGAAUAUCCUCGGGCAGUCCCUGUAUCAGUUUGUGAUAUUAUGGUUUCUACAGACCAGAGGAAAAGAAGCUUUCCAUGUUGUCGGCCCAGACUCUGAUUUGAUCUUGAACACCCUUAUCUUCAACUCAUUUGUGUUUUGUCAGGUUUUCAAUGAGAUCAGCUCGAGGGAAAUGGAGAAGAUAAACGUCUUCAAGGGCAUAACGCAGAACUACGUUUUCGUGUCUGUCCUCUCUGCCACUGUUAUCUUUCAAAUCAUAAUCAUCGAGUUCCUGGGUACAUUCGCAAGCACAUAUCCUCUAAGUUUGAAGCAAUGGUUUGUUAGCGUUGCGCUUGGGUUCCUUGGCAUGCCGGUGUCAGCAGCUCUGAAAUUCAUCCCCGUGUAAGCGAGAGAGGAGAUCGGCUGGGAACUUGAAUAGGUACUUCUACG